CUGCUGUGGUUCAGGAGGGACUUGAGAGUCUCGGACAAUCCUGCUCUCAUCGCUGCUGUCCAGGCAGCGACCACCGUGCCAGUAUACGUAUGGGCACCGGAAGAGGAGGGGCAGUUCCAGCCGGGCAGGUGCUCGCGCUGGUGGCUGCACCAGAGCCUGAAAGCGCUGGAGAAGGACCUGCAAGCCCUGGGCACCUCCAUGGUAUACCGCCGCUCCCCGGAGUCUAGGAUUGCCCUCAUCCAGCUGGUGGAGGAGACUGGAGCCCAGGCAAGCCCUUCGCCAGCGGUGUUCUUCAACCACCUGUACGAUCCCAUAUCGCUGGUGCGCGACAAUGAGGUCAAGGCGGCCAUGCAGGGCCUGAGUGUUCACUGCCAGAGCUUCAACGGCGACCUGCUGUACGAGCCCUGGGAGGUCCUCGCCGAGGGCGGCCGCCCCGUCACCAGCUUUGCCUCCUUCUGGUCGCGGGUGCAGAACAUGCCGUACCCGCCGCCCAUCCCGCUGCCGGUGCCGGCGGCCAUUUCCGCGGUGCCGCCAGAGAUCGUGGGCCUGGAGCUGGACAGCCUGGGUCUUAUGAGCCCCGAGGAGCAGCAGUCGAACGCGCAGCUGUAUCACUGCUGGGCGCCCGGGGGCAAGGGCGCGCACGCGCUGCUGGAAAAGUUUGUGAGGGAACGGCUGCGCACCUUCAGCGCGCACCGCUCCAAAACUGACCGCGAGUCCACAUCCACGCUGUCGCCGCAUGUGCACUACGGCGAAAUCAGCAAUCGCCACAUCUACUAUGUGAAGCGGCAGGAGGCAAAGCUGGGGGCGAUGGCGGGCGAGUGGCACGACAGCACGGCGGACUUUGUGCGGCAGAUGGGCUACCGCGAGUAUGCGCGCUACCUCUCCUUCCACUUUCCCUUCACCCACGAGCGCUCCCUGCUCGAGCACCUGCGCGCAGCCCCCUGGAACUUCGACCAGCGCCACUUCAAGGCAUGUCCAGCUUGGCGGCAGGGGCGAACGGGGUAUCCGCUGGUGGAUGCGGGCAUGCGGCAGCUGUGGAGCAGCGGUUGGGUGCACAACCGCAUCCGCGUCGUGUGCGCCAGCUUCCUGGUCAAGAACCUGCUGCUGCCCUGGCAGUGGGGCCUCAAGCACUACUGGGACGCCCUGCUGGACGCCGACCUGGAGUGCGCCGCCCUCGGCUGGCAGUACAUCUCCGGCUGCCUCGCCGACGCGCACCCCUUCUCUUACAUGCUGGACCACAAGAAGGAGUCGCUUCGCUUCGACCCGGAGGGCAAGUAUGUCAGGCGAUGGCUGCCCGUGCUGGCCCGCGUGCCCGUCAAGUACAUCCACAGGCCGUGGGAGGCGCCGGAGCAUGUGCUGGAGGACGCUGGGGUGGAGCUCGGGUCCAACUACCCCUACCCAAUAAUC